AUGUCUGAAGAUGUGAUAGAGUAUGAAAAAUUAAUUGAUAAGGAUAGCAUUUUAAGUAAAAAUGACUUAUUUAAUUUUUAUAAAAAAUUUAAUAGUGAUUGCGAAAAAUUUAAUCAUGAGGUCUUUUGUAAAAAUGAUUUAUAUAAUGAUGUGGCGAAAAAAAAUGUAAAAGAUAUUCUUAGAAAGCUAAUGAGAAAUGUGAAUAAACUAUCAGAGGACAACAGCGAAGAUUAUAAUAACAUUGAUAAAGGUAAUUAUAUUAAUAAACGUUGUAUAUAUUUAAAGUAUUGGUUGUAUGAUAUAAUAUUAGCUAAUAAAAUUGAUGAAUCUAAUAUUAGUAGGCUUUUCCAUGAAUUAUCCCAAAAUAAAGGCAAGGUUACUAGUAUAGAUAAAAAGUGCGAAUUUUAUGCUUUGAAAUCGAGAGAAAUUAAAGAUAUAAAAAAACUAUAUGAUUAUUUUGUAUACUUUGAUGGAUAUAAAUUUGUGAAAAAUAUUAUAAAUGAAAAAAUAUUCAAUAAUACAUAUCUCGAUUAUCUAAAAGGAGCUAUUGAUGUAUAUGAAAAAUCAGAAAUUGAGUGUUCUAAAAAUGAGAAUACGAGAGAAUAUUGUAGUGAAUUUGAUGAAUACAUUAAACGUUUCAUUGAUAAAAGUGUAUUAUACUCAUUAGCAGAAAAAAUUAGUAGCGAAGACGUAGUUACACUAAUAGAGAAAACACUUGAACCUAAGAGUUCAUUAUUAAAACCAUCUGUUCAAGGAGUUCUAGAAAAAAGGGUAACAACUAAAUAUUUUCUAAAGAAAAUAAUGAAAUAUAACAUUUAUAUUUUCUAUUAA